AUGGCGGCAGAGUCAUCAACCUCCCGGUUCACCGCCGAGAUGCUUGUGACCUUGGAGAUGUUUAAGGAUUCGCAGUGGGAGGAACCGGUCCCCGUUAGUCUCUUCUGGAAUGGUAUAGACUACUCGAUCGCUCGCAAUUUUCUCGGCAACUUUACACAGGCUGAAUUGGCACAGCUGCCCAUCGACCAGGAGAGCACCGCUGACCAGCACUCUAAGCUCAUACUCCUGCUACGACUCCUGCAGGAGAAACUGGAUCAGGAAGAAGCAGCCACUUCCCCCCCGGGCAGCCUCUACACCAGCAACUACCAGCAGUGGUACCGACUAUGGCAAGGGAUUUACGCCCUUCAGGACGAGUUGAACCUUCCCGAAGCGGAACAGACCGUUCGAAUGCUGGUGGACAAGACACCAUAUAAAUCGAACCCAGUGCCGUCGCAUAUGCUAGCGGAGCACCUGGUAAAGGUUGGGAAGUACGAGGAGGCAGAGUGGACCGAGAGACCGAUUUGCGCAUGGAUGGAUGCCCGGCCGCAUUUAGGGCCGUCCUCCCCACAGGCGCUCAACGCUCGUCGGCUUAUCGCUCAAGCCGUGUGGGGACAAGGACCGUCAAGGCGGUCGGAAGCCGAAGCUCUAAUAGCCGAGAUUCACUGGAUCGUUGAGGAGAUGGGCGAAGGGCAGUUUGCAGUUUACCAGGCGGAAGAGAGAAGGCUGAACCGAGAGAUGAUGGCCACUCUCCGAUGA